AUGUCUUUCCAACCAACCCAGAUUUUCGAGGAGGGCACCACCGAGGAGAAGGGCGAGAAUGCGCGUCUCGCUGCCUUUGUCGGCGCCAUCGCCGUCGGUGAUCUUGUGAAGAGCACUCUUGGUCCCAAGGGUAUGGACAAGAUCCUUCAGUCAGCCUCCACCGCCGAAAUCAUGGUCACCAACGACGGUGCCACCAUCCUCAAGUCGAUCGCCCUCGAUAACGCCGCCGCAAAGGUUCUGGUCAACAUUUCAAAGGUUCAGGAUGACGAAGUGGGCGACGGAACCACUUCGGUUGCUGUUCUUGCCGCCGAGUUGCUGAGGGAGGCGGAGAAGCUGGUUGACAAGAAGAUCCACCCCCAGACCAUCAUCGAGGGUUACCGGAUAGCCAGCCAGGCGGCGCUCAAGGCGCUCGAGGAGUCGGCAGUCGACCACAGCAAGAGCCCCGAGGCUUUCCGAAACGACCUUCUCGCGAUCGCCCGAACAACCCUUAGCUCCAAGGUCCUCGCCCAGGACCGGGAUCAGUUCGCCCAGUUGGCUGUCGAUGCCGUCCUCCGACUCAAGACUACCGACCUCAACCACAUUCAGAUCAUCAAGAAGAGCGGAGGCAAGCUUAGCGACUCAUACCUCGACGAGGGCUUUAUCCUCGACAAGAAGAUUGGUGUCAACCAGCCCAAGCGGCUGGAGAAGGCCAAGAUCCUGGUGGCCAACACCUCCAUGGAUACUGACAAGGUCAAGAUCUUUGGCGCACGCGUCAAGGUUGGCUCAACGAGCAAGCUGGCCGAGCUGGAAAAGGCCGAGAAGGAGAAGAUGAAGGCCAAGGUGGAGAAGAUCAAGGCACACGGCAUCAACUGCUUCAUUAACCGACAACUUAUCUACAACUGGCCCGAGCAGCUUUUCACUGAUGCCGGCAUCAUGUCGAUUGAGCACGCCGACUUUGAUGGUAUUGAGCGCCUGGCUCUGGUGACUGGCGGUGAGAUCGCCUCGACAUUCGACCACCCCGACCAGGUCAAGCUUGGUCACUGCGACGUGAUUGAGGAGGUUAUCAUUGGUGAGGACACUCUUAUCAAGUUCUCGGGUGUGUCAGCAGGUGAGGCCUGCACGAUCGUGCUUCGGGGUGCCACAGAACAGCUGCUCGACGAGGCUGAGCGAAGUCUGCACGAUGCCCUGGCCGUCCUGUCCCAGACUGUCAAAGAGCCCCGGACUACUCUGGGCGGUGGCUGUGCCGAGAUGCUCAUGGCCAAGGCUGUGGAGGGUGCUGCUACCCGUGUUGAGGGCAAGCGACAACUGGCUGUCUCUAGCUUCGCCGUGGCUCUGCGACAACUACCUACUAUCCUGGCCGACAACGCUGGUCUCGACUCUGGUGACCUUGUCGCGAGAUUGCGCAAGGCCCUUUACGAUGGUCUCACCACCUACGGUCUUGACUUGAUGACACCUGGUGGCGGCAUUGCUGACAUGCGGGAUCUCGGUGUUAUUGAGAGCUACAAGCUGAAGAAGGCUGUGGUGUCCUCAGCCAGCGAGGCUGCAGAGCUUCUCCUCCGAGUUGACGACAUCAUCCGGGCAGCUCCUCGUCGACGAGAGCGCAUGUAA